UGUCAGCGCUGGAAUCCAAUAAUUACAGUCUACAUUAGCUGUUAUAUUAAGCAUUAAAAUUAUUGAUAAAUUCGUAAAACAAUGAGCUGUUCAUACUAUAAACAUUAAACGGUGGUCAUAAUAACAUGUCAUGGAAAAUUAACAAAAUCUACUUGGCUUCGAUCGCUAUUGAUGGCGGAUAGUUCGUCGACUCUCUUAAAUCUCUCGACAAUUUAUUUUCCACGCGGUAACAAAGUUAUGGCAAUUGGAAACAUUAAAUGAUCAAAGAAAUUUGCAAAUCGAUUACUCGUUUGGAUUGACCAAUUACUCCUUAUCAACCAUUUCCACGUGUUAAAAGCCAUUCGAGCAAUACAGUGAAUUCCUCUGUAACGACGUGGUUUCUAAUGUAAUGGGAAAAUAUGAAACAAAUUACGUUGUUCAUGGUUUUCUUGCUUCUGCAAUGUGCUUGUGGCGUCAUGAUCAAGAGACAAUGUGGCCAUGAAGAAAUCCAUCGGUCAUGCGUAUUCUACGAGGAGUAUACCUGCUGGGAGCGAGAGGAUGGUUUGGAUCGCGUGCGCAGUCCCCCGAAGCGGUUGACUCAUUGCAAAGCCGAUUGUUUCUGCAGGAAAGGCUCAGUACGGGCGUAUCCUAAGGGUCCGUGCAUACCGGCGGUGAACUGCCGCAAUGCAAAACUGAUGAACCUCAUGGACAAUCUUCCCAAUAGUUUUGGCGGAUUUGAUUAGUAGUAUAUAAAUAAAUUACUUCGAAAAUAAAAUUCCCAUUAUUUGUAACAUUAAUUUUUAUGUAUAAAGUGACAGUGCGCCUGAUGGAAAGUGAUACGCCUACCCAUAACAAUUGCAGUGCCACUUUAAAUUGCAAAAAUCUGAGGGAUACUGUCAUUGCACACGCCAUUUUGAAACAUAAAGUUGACGAGUCCGUGUUACAAUCGAGCCAUGACCACCGGCUUAUCGUAAGCGAAAUUUUUACCUAAACAGCGUUUUAAUAAACAAAUAAAACGUUUCUUUAUUUAUUCACAAUUAAAUUGAAU